GAAUUCAUAGAUUCCUUCUGCACCGUCUUCAGGGCAGAUUACAUAGUGAGGGAGAGACUUUUCACUCAGAAGGGUGCCAGAGGCAAGAAGUCUUGGCCAGGUGAUUAUGAAUGGAUUCACAGAGCAUAUGCGAAGUCUUUCUGGCGUAUGGACAGGCUUUUGCGGCUUGGGAGAAACGAAGUUUCCAGAGUCUGCUGGAGCAGUUGUACAGCUGCCACCUGUAUAAUAGAAAAUAUAAGCAACGAAAAGGAAAGCCAACCUGAAGAAGAGGAGGAGAAAAUGCUUGAAAAGGUAACUGAGGAAGAGGAACAGAACGUCGGACAACAGAGCGAGGAGGAGAUGCCUAAAAGGAUAUUCAUAGCAAAGAAAAAAGGUGACGCAGAACAGGGAGUGGCUCUGCUUAUAACUAAGAAAGAGAGGGGCAGUGUCACAGAACAGCAGCCAGAGGAGCCACUUGGAGGAACCAACGGCAAAAAGGAAAGCAGCACAGUAGAGUCAGAAAACAAUGAGCAGGUUGCCAAUAAUAAGGAUGUGAUUCAGGAAGAGAAUCUGCUUGAAAGCAAGGAACAGCAGCAAGAAGAAUCACUUGAAAGAACAGAUGAUCAUGCCAGAGAGCCAGGGGACAAUGUUCAGAUUGCUGAUCACAUAGAUGGGGGCAAGGAAGAGGGUCUCCUUGAAAACAUGGAAGAGCAGCAAGGUGAGUCACCUGAAAGAACAGAUGAUAACACUGGAGAGCCAGGAGACAAUGUGCAGAUUGCUGAUCAUAUAGAUGGGGGCAAGGAAGAGGGUCUCCUUGAAAACAUGGAAGAGCAGCAAGGUGAAGUCAUGAAAGAACAGAUGAUAACACUGGAGAGCCAGGAGACAAAUGUGCAGAUUGCUGAUCAUAUUGAUGAGAGCCAGGAAGGAGUCUCUCUUGGAAACAUGGGACAGCAACAAGGUGAGUCAUCUGAAAGAACAGAUGAUCACACCAGAGUGCCAGGAGACAAUGUGCAUGUUGCUGAUCAUAUAGAUGAGAGCCAGGAAGAGGGUCUGCUUGAAAACAUGGAACAGCAGCAAGGAGAGUCAUCUGAAAGAACAAAUGAUCUCACCGCAGAGCCAGGAGACAACGAGCACAUGGCAGAUAGCAUAGAUGGGAGUCAGGAAGAGGAAGAGCUUGAAGGCGACAAUAGUUCUGCACCGACAGAAGAAAAAUUGGACUCAUGCAUAUUGCUAAUAUUG